AAUCAUUAAGUCACGCAACGGCCGGUGCGAUAUUCGGUAGCAUUGUUUUUAUUUACAUUUCUCGGCUAAAAUCUACUGCCAUUGUCCUGUUGAUAUUCACUCAGUGAGUUCUGUUAGUUAGAAGCGGUCGAAAAGUGAAAUUGUGCGUAUCAUAGAAAUAGAUUGUAAUGCAUUUUCUAACCAUCGGAGUCCUGAUAAGCUACUUGCUUUGUCAGUGCAAUGCAAGGAAUUCGUCUGCUGGACUGCCCAUAGUUAUGUGGCACGGAAUGGGUGACUCUUGCUGCUUCCCGUUCAGUCUUGGGGGUUUCAAGAAAUUUUUGGAAUCCGAUCUGGAAGUAUACGUAACAUCACUGAAGAUUGGUGAAUCGCUCAUAACGGAUUACGAAAGUGGUUAUUUAAUUCACCCAAACAAGCAGAUUGAAGACGUUUGCCAACAGCUGAAUAAUGAUCCCAAAUUGGUGAACGGUUACAACGCGAUUGGCUUCUCGCAAGGCGGACAAUUUCUUCGAGCAAUCGCUCAGCGCUGUCCGACACCUAGCAUGAACAAUUUAAUCACUCUCGGAGGACAACAUCAGGGCGUCUUUGGGCUACCGGACUGUCCCUCGCUGAGCAGCAAGACGUGUGAAUAUUUCCGACAGUUGCUCAACUAUGCAGCUUACACCCAGAAAGUGCAAAAUUAUCUGGUACAAGCUACAUACUGGCACGAUCCAUUGAAUGAGCUAGUGUACAAAGAAUCAAGCACCUUCCUGGCGGAUAUUAACAACGAGAGGGAGAUUAAUCAGACGUACAUUGAGAAUUUGCAAAAAUUGAACAAAUUUGUAAUGGUCAAAUUCACCAAGGACAAGAUUGUACAACCGAUUGAGUCGCAGUGGUUUGGAUACUACAAACCAGGACAGGAUAAAGAGGUGCAAUCGUUGGAGGAGUCUGAAAUAUUUUUAAAGAAUCGCCUCGGGCUCCAGGAAAUGUAUAAAAGGAACAAGCUGGUAUUUUUGGAGUCUGAAGGGAACCAUCUCCAAUUCACCAAGGAAUGGUUCAAGAAAAACAUCUAUCCAUUUUUGUGAAUACCAAAUAUGUAAUGUAUUUGUAUAAAUAUGAUUUAUGAUUUUUA